CAAAACCCUGAUUUUUAAGUUGUGCUUGUGACAGUCAAAACUCACAAAAAGAACUUAUUAGUUCAUUUCAUUUCACAUAUUCUUUUCUUUUUCUUUUCUUUCGUUUUCUCGGCAACCAAACAAACAAAACUAGAGAAUUAGAGAAAGAUGAAGCAAGUGGUGGGAAUGGUGGUAUCGAACAAGAUGCAGAAGUCAGUAGUGGUGGCAGUGGACAGACUGUUCCACCACAAGCUCUACAAUCGCUACGUCAAGCGCACCUCGAAGUUCAUGGCCCACGACGAGCACGACCAGUGCAACAUCGGCGACCGCGUUCGAUUGGACCCAUCAAGGCCACUGAGCAAGAAUAAGCGUUGGGUUGUUGCUGAAAUCCUUAAGAAAGCUCGAAUUUAUCAACCGCCUUCACCGCCUUCCAAAACCGCCACUCAAACACCCUCUUCCACCUAAGGUGAAUUCUAGACAGCAGGUUUCAAGAAUUGCUUAGCAGCAUCUGCACAAAAGCUGGUGGAAAAUCAAGAUUUUUGCCUUUUAAAAAAAUUAUUGUUUGUAAUCGAGUGUUUCAACCAUAUAGACUGAAGCAUGAUUAAGGGGGACUUAUAGCCUAAAGUGUGCACUGAAUUCUCUCUCCAGAUUCUCUUUGGAUGAUUCUUUUUUUUUAAUGCAUUGUAGUUUUUUAUUAGGAUAUCCAUACUAACAUCCUUAGAUCUUGUUUCAUUCAUCAUUUAAGUUUUUGGAUUUGAAGGGGUUAUGGUUCCUUUCACCA